CGAAACUUCCUGUUUCGAUUUCCCAUAGGGUAACACGUAAAGUAAAAUUGGAAAAAAAUUGUGUCCGUGUCACAGUGCAUCUGUGUGUUAUAAUUUUUUUUUCAGGUUUGAACGUUAUUGACGUUCUUGAAUUAAUGUUUGAAUAAAGCCUUAUUUUCAAACGCGAUCACUAUGGCGACGGGCGAACAAGAUGAUGAUUUAGUUAAAUAUUCCAGUGAUACGGUAUCUGGUCGUGUUGCGGAAAAGAAGUGUGAUGUUUGUGUGAGGAACAUGCUUUCCAACAAGGCAAAAUUGUUUUGCAGUGCCUGCACUGAGUCGAUUUGUGAUGAUUGCAUCGUUAUUCACUUAAGGGACACUAGCAAGAAACACGUCAUCGUGGAUGUUCAAAGCGUGGAUGAAGAAAACUAUGGCGUGAAUAUGAAUGGGCUUGAUUUGUGUAAAGAGCACUUGAAGGUUUUAAAAUUUUACUGCGAGAACCAUAAACAGCUGUGUUGCAGUAAAUGUGUAAUGGUACACCGUAAAUGUGACGACUUUAUUGAAAUAACUAUUUGUUCGGAGGAAGAUAGAAAAAGACUUCAAGAUAUGAAAUCUGCCGUCUUGAAAGCUAACGAAGAUACGUUUUCUUUGUUACAGAAAGUGAAUCAAGCAAAACACAGUUAUGUAGAAGCUGUUGAAGGGAUUUCAAAAGAUGUAGAUAAAACGCGAGACGAUAUAUUAAAAGUAUUUGAAGAUGCAACACACAUGUUGAUGAAAGAGGUCGACAGCAUGAACGCAGAGAAAAUGAAGACGCUCGAUCUGAUGAAUAAGGCAUUGUCCAGUAUUCGCACGGACAUUGCUAAGGUCUUACCCGUAUGUUCUAAUGUAUUAGACAAAGGAACACCUCAACAGAUGUUUAUCUUCGUUCAUACAACUGCAAAUAUUCUUAAUGAAGCCGCACAACAAUUAGAGCUAGAGCGCAAUCUGCAUCCGUUGCCACCAAUGAAAGUACAGAUUGCUGAUGAUAUUGAUAACCUCAUUCAAAUGGGAAAUAAGUUAAUGAAACUUCAUAUCGGCGAGGAAAUACCAGACAAAGACAAAGGUCAACCGGAGAUCAUCAACUCAGUAAUGCAACAACGGCCCGUGACACUUCAGUUGCUUGAGUCUGCGGAUAUCGUAAAAUCUAAAGGCGAUAAAAACGACCCUUUCGUGACAGGACUUGAUUUUCUGCCGGACGGGAGAUUAGUGGCGGUGGAUCAUUAUAAUAACAAAUGCUUCUUAAUGAAUAGCAUGUUGCAAAGAAAGGGACAACCAUAUACUUUCAAGACUACUGUGUUCGAUGUUAGAUGCGUCUUUCAUUUUCUUAUUGCCGUUUCAACCGUGAAGCAAAUUUGCAUUUUGGCCAUCAAUGCUGAUUCAUGUACAAUUAUCCAUAUAAAACGAAUAGACACUACUUCGCGGAUAUUUUCGAUAUCCAAUUUGACCCCAUCAAACAUGGUAGUAAGUACGUACGCUGAUUACCGUUCAGCGCGAAUGAUAUCAUUUGACGGCAUUGAGAAAGACUUCGAUAACUUGGAAUUUCCGAAGAAGACGUACAAUUUUGACGAAAGCAAGUGCCUCUAUGCCCAAUCAAAUAACACAUUGGUACUGACUGACACGCUUGCUAAUACGGUGUACAUGUACGACACCCUGAAGGGAACAUCUAGGGCAGUCACUGAUGACAACAUACAACAACCAACGGGUGCCUGUGUCGGGCCUGAUGACACAGUGUUGGUGUGCAGUAUGAGGAAGAACUCCAUCGUUCACCUGACUGUCGAAGGUGACAUUCUCGGCAUCUACCCAGUUGACAUGGCGUUCCCUUACGCCGUGUGUACAAAUACAGAUCGUAGCACGCUGGUUGUGUCAAACUGUAUUAACGGAAUUAGGAAACUGCAGUUGUACAAAAUAUCUCCCGCGUGCUUUUGAUUAUGAUAUAUAAUUUGUACAUAAGGGAAUUAAUUGCAUUACGUACUCACGGUUUGUACCCGUUUAAUUAAAGCCGAGUGCCACACAACUGGCAUUAAUUUAUAUUUAAAAUACUUGAUUAUUACUAAAACCGUAAAAUUUCCUCAACAAUGCAUUAAGUGUCUGUGCAAGUCAAAAUAAAUGAUGUAACGUACCAGGAAAAGACAAUUUUUCAUUGAAUGCAACCCUCAAGCAUUUAUGAAAAAGUAACGUUUUUCAAUACAAAUGUUUUGGGCGCGGCCAUAUAUUGAUUUUAUCCGCUGUUACUUAAUACACAGUUCCUAACACCAUGUGUUACGGUUAACUGUGAAGGUCAUCCUAGCUCGACGAAUUGAAGUAGAAUGUGCAAGAAUUAUAAGAUGAUUUACACGAUGUCUACUGAAUAAAAAAACAAGAGUAAACCAACUAAACCGUAAUCAUAAACUUGCUGGUAGCAUCAGGGAAAUUGAAAUGUCAUAAUAACCGUCGCAAAACCAACACACAUUCAGACACUCAUAACGAGGAAAACAAAGUUUGAGGGACAGAUUGGAAACCAGAAUGUUACGUUGCAAAUGUCGAAUAACCGUUGAUAUGUUCGUUGAACGAAUAAAUACGAGAAAUAAACAACUUACAGAACAAGAAGACACACAUAUGCUAGAUAAAAUGAAAUAAUUAUUAUCCAGUAUCAACAAUGAACUUGUAGAGACUCAUUCAACGCAAAUCGAGUUGUUGAAUCAAGAAUCUCUAAACGCAAAGUUGAGAAGGAUGGACUGAAACAUAAAAUUAAGGCCUUAACAGGUAACGUUAGGAUCAAGAAGUUAAUUCCAGCCUAGAAGAUGAAAAUAAGGCUAACCAAAAAACAAAAGUAACACUAUCAUUAUCAGUAAAAUAUCGCAUAUAAAAAUAUUUUAGAAGGCUGAAAACAAUUCAAGCGAUUUGAAACAGCCUAAGAAACGAACGAAUAUAUGGAAUAAACAUUGAAAGAAACUCUAUGCUGUGAGAAUGCUUCAAGCGAAUUUAAUAUCGCCUAUAGGUAUAUUUACAUCUCUGAAUUUGGUCGUUGUAAGUGUUAAACGCAAAAUGGCUGAUUCAAUGGCAUAUUCAACGUAAGGAGUCGUCUUCUACUGAAUGCACAUGAACAAGUGACCCGUUCCAUGCGUGACAAACCUUGUAAAUUUGAUGAAGUUAAAACGGUUCGUAAAUAAUAUGAAUUUGGCCAUCAGAUGAACAAAAUUAUCGCUUGUCUUUUAAGAUAGGCAUGAAAUGUAAAAUAAGUUAAAUAAAUAUUGAUUUGAAAGUCAAAUACAAUAGUAACGAGUAAAGUAGUUCAAACAAUCAAAGUUUGUCUUUUAAAUUAAGGAUUUCAUGUAAAAAAUAUAUGUUGAAUACAUACUGGUUUGGUAGCAACACAGUUGAUAAUAAUACAAAUUGAUUAAUGCAUAUUAUAUUGUGUAAAUUAAUUAUAAAGAAAUUAUUUAGCGUAUUAAUAUGUCAUUUAGUGUUAAAUUAAAUAUAUUCAAUAUAUUGAUAGUUAUUUAUUUAUUUAUUAAUAUUAACAACAGUAAUAAUAUAGAUGACUAUUGAUACAUAAUGUUUUUACUAUUGUGUAUUAUGUAGUAUUAAUAAUUGUUAAUAUAUAUAUAUAUAUAAAUUAUCGCGCCAUGAGAAAACCAGCACAAAUGACAAAAUUUUCGAUUUUUACUUUUUUUAUAUUGCGGUAUCUACGUUCUUUUCCGGUUCCAUAUAUGUAUAAAAUGUCAUAUUUUUCCAACUAUAACCUAAACUAAUUUCGUUAACCCAUGUGAGGCUUAUUAAAGUGAGCGUCAUUACGUCGUUAUUUUGACGCCGCGCCAUAUUUCAUUGUAUUUUCGAACUCACUUCGUACAUAUUUGGAAAUGUCCGUUAUCAUUAUUUAAAAUUCAGUGAUGUUGUUGUUGAUACCGAUGACGUAAAUGUUUCACUGUUUGGUUAUGCCAUUUAAAGUCCCCGUUCGCGGAAUAGAUCGUUGUUUUGCAUAUAAGUUUUAUAGCGAGAAAUAAACUUUACAUAAAUUAA